GUUUCAGACCCAAGUCUUACAGCAACAUACGUCGAGCCUUAUAUGACCUUGGGCAUCACUGAUGAUGCAUUUGAAUCACAUGUAACCCAAGUAUUGACAGCAUACUCUGUCGACUCCCUUAAGAUGGGCCUACAGUCAUUAAGAAAGCGCAAUGAAAGUGUAAGAAGAAAUGGCUUUCUCCCCUCACAGGAUUUUUACAUACCAAUGUAUUGGUAUGAUAUAUUACAUACCAAUGUAACAAUUCUUAUGAGUUGCCAUCCAGCAGAAGAGAAACAUGAAAUAAGUUUUCUUGACCACGCUACAGAUGCGAUUACCCAUUUAGGAUAUUUUUCAACAUAUCCACGUAAGCCCCAUUUGCUAUGUAACCUAACACAAGAUGGAAACUAUGUUGUUUUGUUAGGACCUUUAAGCUAUACACGAUCUCUGCUCGCCUCAAACAGUCAAACGCCGGUGAUUGGUGUCUACCAAUUAGCGCCUCCUAUGCAACUGUUUGAAAAACGUUUCAAAGAUACACCUUUCAUCAAGUGUGAUCCAAUUGGCAUUGCCUUAAGUCCUGCGAGUAUUAUUGGAGGUCAAUAUCUGAUUGCUAUAGUUACCAUGGGAAUGGCGGUAAUUUUGUUGAACGUGGUCACGCUUGAACGUUUAACUGUUCAAUUGGAAUUCGUACUACCGCAAUCGUUUUGGCAGGCAAUUUGGGGAACUGACUGUGUUUCGUUUUCCCCCGAUGGUCGAUUUCUGAGCGUGAUGUGUUGUAUGGAAAAUGAGUUCAUGAACACGUGCUUAAUUAUGGAUGUGAGCACGCUUGAGCCCCUCUGUUGGAUGGCGGCAGAAGGAACUUUGUCCUGGCUGCGUUGGCUCUUCCCCAUGUUUUCAGCAUGCGGAACAAAAGUAGUUUUAUCCACAUUUUCUGGGUACGAAAACGAGUACGAUGAUACCAAAUACGAACUGAUGUUUUAUAAGAUUUCGAGAAUGCAGAGUUUAAAGUUUUCAUGUCGUGUUGUCAUCUUGGAACUUGUAAAACCUUCUUUACUGGAUCAGCUGCCUUUACCGCAAGAUUUGAUCACAUUUCUGGGCGGCGGCAGAACAGCACUUCAAAUCUCUGAGCCUGGAGAUACUGGAUCUUCUCAACGUAGUGGCAAAAAAAUAACGUGUAGAUGCAAUUUACUUUAA